AAUAAAAAUAAACUCGCACCAGAUCUCAACCGUUGUGAAAAGUAAAGAGAAACAACGAGAAAACUGCUGUGUCCUAAUUUACUGUUAUGUAAAAAGUGAAUUAAAAUCGUAUUACAAUUUAAAGAAACGGUCGCUGGUUAAAUAUACAAAUGUUCUUGAACCUCUCUCAAAGCUUGAGGGGUGUAGAUUGAAAAAAUUACGCUGAAUGGCUGAUGAUGAACAAGGCGACCAAGUUGGGUCGAAUAUUCAGAAAAAAAACAAAAGAGGAAUAGAUAAAAUUAGGAAAUCUACACGCAAUAAAUUAACAUCAACAGAACAGUCAAGUACACUAGAAAAACCAUCACUAUCUUCAAAGUUGAAAACAAAAAGAAAAAAAGAAAAAGCUAAAAGCGCUGUCAAAAGUUCUUCUGAGCCUAAAAUUGUUGCUUGUCCACAUAGCAAACUUAGAAAGGUUAAAUCACAAGAAAGUCAAGAUCAACCUCUACCAGGACCAUCUGGUGUUAAAAAGAAGAAGUCAGAAACUAAUUGUUUAAAAUCCUCUUUAAAGGAGGACUUACCUAAAGAUAAUUUAGAUAAAGAAAAAACUAGUAGCACACGUUCACGAAGCAAAACUUUGCUACACAAAGAAGAAAAUAAAGAAUUUACCUUGAGAAGUAAAAGUGACAGUAAAGUGAACCAUUCUCCUCAAAUUAAGUCAAGAAAGACAAAAAGUGAAACAGACACAUCAAAUAAAAAGAGUAGGAAACGAAAAGCUAAGGAAGUUCCUACAUAUUCACCUAAGCGACUUCGGAGCUCAUCACGCUCGAAUCCUUUACCAGUAGUAAGUAAAGAAACAGCAGCCAAGACGGGUGGGCGCCUUUCACGUUUGCGAAGUGCCUCUGGUGCUGGGGAAACAGAAGACUCAUCAGACAACCUGGGUUCUUGUGCCAGCAGCAGAAGACAAAGGAGGUCCAGAAGGAACCGUGGUGAGGUGCCUGUUAUGGAAAAUGAGCAAAACAGUAACUCAACAAACCAGGAAGCAGCCGGCAACAAUGGUUCACCAUCAAAUAACGAGGCUUCGUCAUCAGGUGCCACUAUGUCUUUUCCAGCAAGUGGAGGAUCAUCAUCAAGUCAAGAUGGAGAAGCAGGGCUGGGCCUAGAGGAAAGUGAUAUUUCUCGCUUACAAGCUAUACUGGAAGCACGUGGUCUUCCUGCUCACUUAUUCGGUAGUCUGGGCCCAAGAAUGCACUUGCUUCUUCAUAAAACAUUCAAUAGCAGUGCAGGCACAAAAGCUCAACAGUUAAUUACUUCCAUGCAAAGUGACAACGAGGGUACUCAAUUGCAAGGUGUUAUGGAAAUGUGCCAGCUUUUAGUAAUGGGUAACGAAGAAACAUUGGGUGGAUUUCCUGUAAAACAAGUUGUGCCAGUCUUGAUUGAAUUAUUACAAAUGAAAGAAAACUUUGAUAUUAUGAAUCAUGCAUGUCGUGCGCUGACAUAUUUAAUGGAAGCUUUACCACGCUCUUCUGUUGUUGUUAUUGAUGCUGUGCCAGCCCUUCUCGAGAAAUUACAGACAAUUGAAUGUAUGGAUGUUGCUGAACAAGCUUUAACAGCCUUAGAAAUGCUGUCAAAACGACACGGAAAAAAUAUCUUGCAGGCGGGUGGACUAGGUUCCAGUUUGCUGUUUCUUGAUUUUUUUUCAAUAGUUGCUCAGCGCUCAGCUUUAGGAAUUGCUGCUAAUUGUUGCCACUCUGUGACAGCAGAUGAAUUUCAUUGUGUUAAAGACUCCAUUGCAAUUUUGUCAAAUCGAUUGAAUAACCAGGAUAAGAAGUCACUAGAAAGUGUUUGUUUAGCAUUUGCGAGGUUGGUUGACAAUGUUCAGAAAGAAAAGGAAUUAUUGGAGAGUCUCUGUGAACAUGGCUUGUUAUCCAAUCUUAAACAAUUGUUGGUAUUAUCUCCACCUGUCAUCAGUAGUGGUAGCUCUGUUAUGGUUAUAAGAAUGCUCGCUGUUAUGUGUUCUAGAUGCCCAUCAAUAGCAGUAAAACUAAUAAAACUGGAUAUUGCAGAAACUAUAAGAUACUUAUUAAUAGGCAGCAAUGAUAUACCACUUGAUGAUAUAGUUGAACUUGUUCCCAGAAGUCCACAAGAACUUUAUGAGAUUACAUGCUUAAUUUGUGAACUUUUGCCAAAUUUACCAACUACAGGCAUAUUCUCUGUUGAUGGAUACCUUAAUAAAGGAGCCUCACAUAAUAGUACCCUGGGUAGUUGGCAGUGGCGUGAUGAUAAAAAUUCUUGGCAUACUUAUCUUUGGGUUGAUAAUCGUAUUAUUGAAGCAGCCUACCAAAGUGGUGAAGAUGAAAUCAGUUUGUCGACUCUUGGUCGAAAUUAUAUAAUUGACUUCACCAGCAUGCAACAGAUAAACGAAGAUACUGGUACAAUUCGUUCUAUACAACGGAAAGCUGGCACUGGACAGCAGGCUUCAAUUACCAGCUCAAAAGUUAACGAAGAAAAACGAGAUAAACGUUCAAUUAUUUUUGAUACAGAGCCUACUCUUGGAAAAACUAUAGUUCAGUCUUUAAUAGCUGUGAUUUACGAUGUUUAUUAUUCUUCUGUUGGACCUGCUGUAAAGCAUAAAUGUUUGUGUUCUAUAUUAAAAAUGCUAUACCAUGCUCCAAGGACUUUACUGAAAGACGUAUUAGUAAAAAUACCAAUAUCAAGUUAUAUAGCUGGAAUGUUGUCCUCCAAAGACUUACGCAUUACUUGUUCAGCUCUGCAGAAAUCUGAUAUUUUAAUGUCGAAACUCUCUGAUACCUUUCAUGUAUAUUUUCGGAGAGAAGGUGUCAUGCAUAAAAUUAAAAAACUUGCUGAUAGCAAUCCCAGUCCAUGUUUGACACCACAAAAAAACAAUGUAAUAUUAGAAGAAGAAGAGAAACAUUCACAAGCUAUAGCCAGCACUUCGUCAGGCAAGAAAUCUAAUAGUGCAACAGAUUUACCAAAAGGUUUUGAAGAUCUUGGUGAUAAUGGGAAUGAUUUGUCAACACCAACGUCAACUUCAAGGCUUGCAGCUUUUAAAAGCAAGAGAAGAAACUUAAAACGUUUCGGCCGACAAAGAUCAUCAAAAACUUCUGUUAAUGACGAUUCACCUCCUAGUGCUAACACAAAGAGGUUAUCACAUGAACCAAUGAGACCAAAAUCUGCAACAUUUUCCUCGUUUUCAAGUUCUUCUGGGUCUUCUAAUAAAGGAUCGUUUUUUUCAAACUUUGCACCAAGAUGGGGUCAUUCACAGUCUUAUCAGAAUAAUGCUUCAUCAUCUGGCAACACGUCAGAAAAAUCUUUAAAGGAAAAAUAUUUGAAAGAACAAGAACAAAACAAAGAAAAAGUUAAGUUAUGGAUAAAAAAGACAGCACAAGAGUUUUAUGAUCGAUAUUUCGCUGAGGAGGCUGGUUACUCCCAUCCAGCUUUGGAUAUACUACAAAAGCUGACAUCAUCAUCAGACGAACUCUCACUAAAUAGCACAACAGAUGUCAAAGCAUUGCAAGGUCUUUGUGAGGUUUUGUUAAAUGAAGACAUUCAAGCUGGUGCAUCUCCAUUUGAAAUUGUCCAUAGUGGCAUGGUAACAAAGCUGUUAAAAUACAUCACAUGUGAAGGCUGCAAAACAGACAUUCCUCGUGCAACCAGAAUCAAACGAUUUCUUUCCACCUUCUUUGGUAUUCAGGAGCACCGUGAAGUUUCAACGCACACCGAAAUAGAAACAACUAAUCCAAUAAAAUGUCCAAAAACAUCUAUAAAACCACCCAUUGUGCCUCUUGUGCAGAAAUUAAAUCUGUGCAUUAAUCAACUGGAACAGUUCCCUGUUAAAUGUCAAGACAUUCCCGGUGCAAGUAUGGCUGGUGGAUCAAGGGGAUCAUCAGCUUUGCGUUUUUUCAACACUCAUCAAAUCAAGUGCCAUCUCCAACGUCAUCCUGAUUGUACCAACGUGAAACAGUGGUCAGGUGGUGCUGUUAAAAUUGAUCCGUUGGCAUUAGUGCAGGCUAUCGAGAGAUAUCUGGUUGUCAGAGGAUACGGGCGUACACGCGAGGAUAUUGACAAUGAAAUGAGUGAUGACGAUGACAGAUCGGAUGAUGAAAUCGAAGAGUCAUGGGCAACGCAAUUGCAAGGAUCAGGAAACUCAAAGCACGUAUUAGAAUUCACUUUAAACGGGCACGUCUUACCUUACAAUAUGACAGUUUAUCAAGCAGUACGACAGUAUGCACAAGCUAAUUUUGACGAGGAGAGUGAAAUUGACGACGAUACUGGUCCAUUUGGUCGAGCAAGUAUUUGGUCCGGUACACACACCCUUUACUUCAAACCUAUAUGCCAACAGGCUGAGAAUAAAAAUGCAAAUGUGCCAAAAAGAACCAAAUCUGAUUUUUCCGUGAAAUCCAUUUUAAGAAGCAAAACUACAUCCAUGAUAGAAGCACCAAAACAAAAUGGGUUUGCAGCAUAUCUAGAUGAUAAAUUACCUGGCGACUUUUCUAUCAAGGAUCCAUCGCUGGAAGUAAUAUGUCUCUUGAGGGUUCUCUUUCACUUAAAUUCCAACUGGGGAAGAUACUUUGAUUUACAAACAUCUCGAGCUGUUGUGUCAACAUUAGAAUUUGUGAACACCAAGUUAACUGCUAAAGCUACGAGACAAUUACAAGAUCCAUUGGUUAUAAUGACAGGAAACCUUCCCUCAUGGUUGGUCGAGUUAGCAAAAGCCUGUGCGUUUAUUUUUCCAUUUGAGUGUCGACAGUUGUUGUUCUAUACGACUACUUUUGAUCGUGAUCGAGCUGUUAUGAAACUCCAGGAAACAGUACCAGAUCUAGCAACAGCAGACAGCAGCGAUAGAGUAACACCACGAUUGGAUAAAAAGAAGCGUACCGUGUCAAGAAAGGAUUUACUGAAACAAGCCGAAAAUGUUAUUACUGACUUCAUUAAUACAAAAUCACUUUUGGAAAUACAAUACGAAGGAGAGGUUGGUACUGGUCUCGGACCAACAUUAGAGUUUUACACGUUGGUAUCUAAAGAGUUUCAGAAAGCUGACCUAGAGAUGUUUCGUGGUGAUCAUAUUGACAUCUUUGAGGGUGAAGGUGAUUCCCAAACAAAGUUGAAGUAUUUCUUUUCACGAGAUGGGUUAUUCCCUGCUGCUAUACCAAAAGGCACGAAGAUGGCACAGGUUACAAAACUGAAAAACAAAUUUCGAUUCCUUGGCCGAUUUCUCGCCAAAGCUUGCAUGGAUUCCAGAAUGGUAGACAUCCCGUUUAGUCAAACAUUUUACAAAUGCAUGUUAGGACUGGAAAAUGAAUUGGAUUUAUCUGAUAUGCAAUAUGUGGAUAGGACGUUACACAAAUCACUAAGUCAACUGUACGAAGUGAUUUUACAGAAAAAAAAACUGGAAGACGACGCUGAAAAUACUGAAGAAUCUUUACAACUAGCUUUGGACAGUUUAACACUAGACGGUGUAUUAAUUGAAGACCUUGGUUUGGAUUUUGUAUUACCUGGUACUCACAUCGAGUUGAAGAAAGGAGGCAAAGACAUUGCUGUCACUAUUGAAAAUCUGGAGGAAUAUUUGCAGUGUGUGAUUCAGUUGAGUUUAAAGGAUGGAGUACAUCGUCAAAUUCAAGCAUUCAAAGAAGGAUUUGAACAGUUCUUUUCAAUCUCUUCCUUGCAGAUGUUCUAUCCAAAUGAGAUGGAGUUACUGUUAUGUGGUAGUAAGAAUGAAAAGUGGGACGUGAAAGAACUAAUGGAGUGUUGUAGACCUGACCAUGGUUACACUACAGACAGCCGUGCUGUCAAGUAUCUUUUUGAGAUUAUGAGCAAGUAUACAUCAGAAGAACAAAGAAUGUUCUUGCAGUUCAUUACUGGUAGUCCAAAGUUACCUGUUGGUGGAUUUAAAAGUCUAACACCUCCCUUAACAGUCGUUCGUAAGACAGUGGAUGGUAGCUUAAAUGCUGACGACUAUCUGCCCUCCGUCAUGACGUGUGUGAAUUACUUAAAGUUGCCGGACUAUUCAACAGUGGAAAUCAUGAGUGAUAAAUUAAGGACGGCAUAUUUAGAAGGAAAGAACGCCUUCCAUUUGUCAUAACGCAACAUCUCCGAUUGCAAACGAUGGAGGAUAAUACGGCGUCAGUAUAUAGCACAUGAUGCUCAGUCAGUGGUUAUGAUUACGUUUUUUAAUCUGGCAUCUUAAACAUUUAGCCAGGACAAGACAAGCAAAUGAUAACAGCCGGCUUGUGUUUUUUUGUAAGCUACAUGACUCACAUGAAUAUUUUUUAUGCCUUGUCAGCAAAUAUUAAUGUCCAGAAUAGUCGAGGAAUGUGUAGUCGACAUUCAAAUCACAUGACAAACUACUGAUUCGACGCCCCUUUGGGUAAACUUUUAACGAAUCAAGUAAAGCAUGCUAUUUGAUCUUGUUGAGUGCUUACGUCUGCCACCCGUUUUUGUCGACAGUAGUUUCUCUUCAUCCACUUUAUAGAUCACUAGAUCCAUCCUCAACCUUUUUUUUUUAACGCUGUUGCGUUUAUGUUUUUAAAUCGUACAAAAUUCAUAUUGAAUUUGAAUAACUAAGAAAUUACUAAUUUUUGACCAAUCUGUAUUAGAACGUGGACGCAGUGUGGAAAUUCGCAUUUAAAUUCUUUGUGCGAAGCCUGUCGCAGGGGGCUAAAAAAGAGUAGUUUAAGUGUGAUACAUGUAGUUAAGAUUUUUACAGAUGUUUCUAAUAUUGCUCCAAUAGAAAACGUAUGUUUAAGAUUUAUUUUGUGUUUAUAUUUUGAUGCAGACCAAACGGUGUACAUCAUUCUUUUUUGAAAAGAAAAAAAAUAAUACAAUAUCAA